CACCAACGCGUGCUAGUAAGGCUUGCUUAUCGGUGCUUUCGGGCGCUGCUGGUUGACGGUCGCAUGUUGGUUUGGGCGUAACCAUUUUAUCCUACUUGCAGGUCCAUUGUACCUCAGGAACGUCAAUGACCGUCCCUUCCUGCUGAGCUUCACAGCCCUUGUUGCUUUAACGGUGUCCUUGUGGUCUUUGGUCGUCAUUGGUUCCCGCCUUUUUCUUUUGUGCCGCUAUCUCGGGGAAUCUGUUGUCGUAGAAAAAAGUCUCACCGACCCUUACGGCCCCGAGUGGAUAAAAAGUAAAUCACCGUCAUCCUCCCUCUCACCUCUAUCAAAUAGCGGAUUGUUUAGCACUACGAGCUAUUGUGUGAGAGCGAGCGGCUAAAGCCUUGGUGGGCUGAGAACAGGCGUACACGCUGGUUUCUCCCACGAGUGGCGUGGUCGUCCUGUCCAAGUAAUCGCUUCUUCCAAUGACCUUUGAUGCAAUGACGACGGAAGCUUCACAGCCGGUGCUUUACAGAGCGCCUGCGGCAGUUGAUGUGUACGCAGCAAAGUCGACUGAAAACAUUCUCCAGAAACAAGCUUCCUUUGAGAAAGUACUCAGCAGUAGCACCACACAUUCUCCGCCCCUUUCGCAGCUGUCUCUAUGUCUGAGCAAAGUUGAUGAAGGUUCCAAAUCUACGCUCCCUGUUCAGGGGGACCUACCGCCUCCUGAACGCUCUCCUCAACCCGGCCUUACCUUUGAUGCUACUGACCUAACCCUCUGCAGUGGAGUAUCCCCACCGCCAUUGCUCCCGGUGAAACCAGAGCAUGUCGAGCACGUUCUGACGAGCGGAAUACGAAUGAUCAAAUAUCCAUCAAAAGCGUCAUCUCGUCCAGCAGAGAGACAUAUUCGAGUUGAUCUCCAGUCGCUUCAAAUCUUUUGGGAAUCAAAAAAGAAGAAGUCACAUCAAUCUUCAGUGGAUCUACAUGCCGUUCGUGAGAUACGUCUGGGUCAAAACACAAAAGGCUUCGAGCUGCAUGGGAAACGACCAGAAUAUGAGGAUCGAGCAUUCACAGUCAUUUAUGUUGCUUCUGGCGAGUACAAGAUGCUAAAUCUCGUUGCGCCAUCGAAAGAAGACGCCGCAUUGUGGAUAUCGGGACUGCAUAUGCUCAUUGCCCAAUCGGAUCUCACGGAUGGAGAUCCGGCAAGAGUAUCGCAAAAUAUGAGUACUUGGCUACGAAAAAGAUGGCACGAGGCAGACACGUCGGGAGAUGGCAAGCUUGAUCUUGACGAGGUUACUGCGUUAAUGAAGAAACUGAACAUUCGUCUGUCAAAGAGUGAAGUGAAGAGCACCUUCAAAAGUGCGAAUGUUGGUAAAGAGGGUUGUUUGAACUUUCCAGCUUUUGAGCGAUUGUAUCGGAUGCUCCGAUUCCGCCCAGAAGUGAGCGAAUUGUUUUCGUCAUUGUCCAGAACAAAAACAUCGGUCAUAACAUACGAGGAGUUCCAAGACUUUGUCAAGAAUAUUCAAAAGAACGAAUGGACGGAAGAGCGAUGCUUGGAUAUCUACCAGAAGUACGCAGCUCCUGACGGCGGUCAAAUGAGUGUUGAUCACUUCUCAGCCUUUUUACUUUCGGCCAACAAUGCAAUUUUCCGAAAGUCGCAUACUGUUGUGUUCCAAGAUAUGACGCAGCCUUUGACCGACUACUACAUCAAUACUUCACAUAACACGUACCUUUUAAAGGAUCAACUUACUGGCGAAAGUUCUGUUGAAGGCUACAUCCGUGCACUCCAGAGGGGUUGUCGAUGUGUGGAAUUGGACUGUUACGACGGUCCAAACGGGUCCCCUGUUAUCUAUCAUGGACGUACACUUGUUUCCAAGUUGCUGUUCAAAGAUGUGAUUGAUGCAAUCGCCAAAUACGCGUUUGUAGCCAGUCCAUAUCCUCUCACGCUGUCAUUAGAGUCCCAUUGUGGACUUGAACAGCAGGCUGUCAUGGCCAAAAUUCUGAAGGAUGCACUUGGUGAUGCUUUGUUACAGAGGCCACUCGCAGAAAAUGAGACAGCGCUACCAUCACCGGAGGCCUUGAAAAACAAGAUCAUCAUCAAGGGUAAACUUUUUCCGUCGAAUGCCUCGGAAGAUGACACCGAUUACGAGACGGAAGAUGAGGACGGGGAACAACAAGAAGGCCCAAUUCAGCAAAUGGCAAAUAUAACCGACUUGCCGUUGAGCACUGCACCCAUGAUUUCCCGCCAAGUGAAUCGCAAAAUAGUCAUAGCUACUAGCCCUGUAGAUGACGUGGAAAUCGGAGUGCGGCGACGGACAUCCGAUGAGGAUGUAGGGUUGACACGCAAAAAAUCCUCUCCGCGUAUGGCACGGAAAUACGUUGCGGCAAAGACGUUAUCCGACUUGUUGAUCUACUGUAAAGGCGUGCAUUUUGCCAGCUUUGCAACGGCAUUAGAGAAGUUUGACUUUGAUCAUAUGUGCUCACUUUCCGAGAAGAAGUCCCUAGCUCUACUCCAGCGGCAAAAGAAAGAGUAUAUCGAUCACACCAAGCGUUAUCUGACUCGAAUAUAUCCUGCCGGUAUAAGGGUAAAUUCGUCAAACUACGACCCAUUGCCUCAUUGGCAAGUGGGGGCACAGAUGGUUGCGAUGAACUAUCAAACAUUUGAUAAGGGCAUGCAGCUGAAUCAUGCCAUGUUCAACCUUAACGGUCGAUGCGGCUAUGUCCUCAAGCCGUCCUUCCUACGUCGCGGACAACCUGCUGUGAGUCCAGUACCUGUCAUGCUGAAUGUGAAGAUCAUAUCGGGACAACAGCUACCAAAACCAAAAGAUAGUACUGGGAGUACGGUUAUUGACCCAUACGUAGAGGUUGAGAUCGUCGGCAGCGAGGUUGACACAGCCCGGUUCCGUACACGAGCAAUUAAUAACAAUGGGUUCAAUCCCAUGUGGAAGGAAGAAUUCCGCUUCAUCAUAACCGAUCGUGAAUUGGCAUUUCUGAGGUUCUCAAUUUUCGAUAUGGAUGUCAAGCUCACCAAUGAUUUCAUUGGUUCUUAUACAAUACCUGUUCAGAGUCUUAAACAAGGCUACCGACACGUUCCACUGUACAAUUGGAAGGGCGAUUUAGUUCGAUUCUCUUCUCUCUUUGUUUGUCUCAGUAUCCAACCCAUCGCCACUCAAACCGCUUCUCCACCCGCUAGUCCCUCCCUGGGACGAUCGUAUCCAAAAUCGAAUGGGGAGGGCGGGGCGAAUGCCAACGGACACGUUGAAACGAAACGAACGUCAGGAUCGGAUGCAAAAUCACCGAGUAGAACAGCAUCCGGCUCGGACGCGUCCGCACCCCGGCAGCGGAAUUUGUCAUUGGGAUCCCUUGCCAGUGGUGCACUUGGAUUGCGAUGAUCUGUCAUUAAUUUUGGUUGCUCGAACGCAGGCUGAUGCAGUGCAUUUUUUAGUUUUCUCUGUUGCGUUGGGGAGGUUGUAAUAGCAAAAUAGCUUAGCUGGCGGUUUUGCACUGAGGAUACCCUGUAGUUUUCUUGUUUGUUGAGCAAGAUUUAAAUAGCACUAGACUUUUUGCGUUGAGCUUUCGAUAUCCAGAACUAAAGCUUUGAAAUGUGGUUAAUUGUGG